AUGGCCAGUGUCGAAGAAAAGCUUGGGAGAGGAAAAGAGGAGAAAGAGAAGGGAAACGUGGAAUUCAAAAAUGGGAACCUUGUCCAGGCUCUUCGUUGCUACCACCAGGCAGUACUUUACUUGACCGGGCUGGACAACUCUUCAAUGUCGUCUAUUGUACCCGGGAAGAGCCUAGAGGAGAACGUUAAGAAGGAUAUUGCAGAUACCCUCAAGGCUUGUUACAGUAACAUGGCCGCAUGCUAUCUUAAGCAGUCUAAAUACGAAAAGGUUUUUGAUGUCUGCGACAAGGUCAUCAAGAUAGAUCCUCAGAAUGCAAAGGCGUACUUUCGCCGCGGACAAUCGCAUCACAAGCUUAAUAACCUCGAGAAAGCACGUACGGAUCUUUAUAGAGCGGCGGAACUCGCACCACAGGAUGCAGGCAUAAGGGCAGAGUUGAAUAGUGUUGAUGCUCGCGCAAGGUCACAUGCAGAUAGCAUUAUUUACGACCUCGAAGAUUCCGUCCCCGUAAAUCGAAAAGGAACUGCCAGACAAUUGGUGUUUCAGGCACUUGAGCAACAUGAUGUCGGUAAGAGCGAAAAGACCGUACGUAUUAACGCGGUCGGAUCUGGUUUGGAAGUGGAUGACCUGAGUGUCGUGCUACGAUCAAAAUAUGUAGACGCACUAGUGGUACCAAAGGUGCAAUCUGCCAAGGAGCUUGAGUUUGUGUCACGAAUGAUUGAUUCUAUAGCGCCCGAAUCAAGCCGAGCAAACAUACGUAUUUUAGCCUGCAUCGAAAGUGCCUUGGGCAUCAUGAAUAUUCGAGAAAUUGCACAAGCUGAUCCCCGUAUCGACGGACUGGUAUUUGCAGCUGAAGACUACGCGGCAGAUACAGGUCUCAUCCGCACGCCCUCACGUCAAGAGUUUUUGUACGCGCGUCAGCGUGUUGCCACCGCAGCUAGCGCGUUUGGGUUGCAGGCGAUCGAUAUGGUCUGCGUCGAUUACCAGAACGUGGAUAUUUUGGAGGAAGAGUGCCGCGAGGGUCGCGAAUGGGGUUUUACAGGCAAGCAAGCAAUACACCCAAAGCAACUCGAGACGAUUCAGCGCAUCUAUUCUCCUUCAGAGAAAGAUAUUGAGAGGGCUACAAAAAUUGUGGAAGGCUACCAAGAACACAUGAAGAAGGGCAUUGGCGCUUUCAACCUGGACGGAAAGAUGAUUGAUAUGCCGGUUGUGAAAUGGGCGGAGCGAUUGCUUGCAAAGGCCAAUAUGAUGAAGCAAUGA